CGGGUCCUGAGCGCCUAUGCCUCGCGGUGUUUGCGCGGCCGGCGAGGGGCUGUGAGCAGCCGGUGCCCACAGCGUCUGCGCCGGAAGUAGUUUUAGUAAGUGCUUCCUUUUCCAUCUCCCAGUUUAAAGAACGAGCAAGUGGGAGUCCGGACACCGGGUCCCGGGUCCUAGCCGGGCCGCGGUGUCCUCGGAGUCGGGCCGCGGCGCUGGGCCCUCCGUCGGCGGCCGACCCCCCGACCCCGGCUGACCCCCGACUCCCCCUACCCCAGCAACCCUGCGUCCGCGGCCGACCCCCGACCCCGGGACCCCCCGACCCCGGCGACCCUCCGUCCGCGGCCGACCCCCGACCACGGCGACGCCGCCCGCCCCCCGGCGGCCCCGCAGCCCCGGGCCGGGAUGGACAGGGAGACGCGCGUGUUCGCGGAGAGCCACUUCCGAGGCCUCCGGGGGCGUCUCCCCGGCAGGGUCGGCCGGACCCCGGACCGCGUGGACUUCAUCGAGAGGCCAGACGCCUUUUCCUACGCGGACUUCGUCAAGGGCUACCUGCUGCCCAACGAGCCGUGCGUUUUCUCCAGCGCCUUCACUGAGGGCUGGGGCAGCAGGAGCCACUGGGUGACGCCGGGCGGGAAGCCCGACUUUGAGUACCUGCUUCGGCGCUACGGAGACGUGGUCGUACCUGUCGCGAACUGCGGGGUCCAGGAGUACAACUCGAACCCCAAAGAACACAUGCUCCUCCGAGACUACAUCAGCUACUGGAGAGAGUAUAUCCAAGGGGACUACUCCUCUUCCCGCGGCUGCCUCUAUCUCAAAGACUGGCACCUGUGCAGGGACUCCUCGGCGGAAGACGUGUUCACUCUACCCGUGUACUUCUCGUCCGACUGGCUCAAUGAGUACUGGGACGCCCUGGACGUGGAUGAUUACCGCUUUGUCUACAUGGGGCCCGCUGGCACCUGGUCGCCGUUCCACGCUGACAUCUUCCGCUCCUUCAGCUGGUCCGUCAACAUCUGUGGGAGAAAAAAGUGGUUCUUCUUCCCGCCAGGACAAGAGGAAGCCCUGCGGGACUGCCACGGCGGCCUGCCCUACGACGUGACCUCCCCUGCACUCCUUGACAGCCGCCUGUACCCCACGCGCCAUCUCUGUGGCCCGCCACUGGAGGUCACGCAAGAGGCAGGCGAGAUGGUCUUUGUGCCCAGCGGGUGGCACCACCAAGUUCACAACCUGGAGGACACCAUCUCCAUCAACCACAACUGGGUCAACGGCUGUAACCUGGCCAACAUGUGGCACUUCCUGCAGCAGGAGCUCUGUGCUGUACAGCAGGAGGUCAUCCAGUGGAAGGACACCAUGCCCGACUGGCACCACCACUGCCAGGUCAUCAUGAGGUCCUGCUCUGGGAUCAAUUUCACAGAAUUUUACCACUUCCUCAAAGUCAUCGCUGAGAGGAGGCUCCACCUUCUGACGAAGGGGACGGGCCCUGGGGAAGUGGGAGGCGGUGAGGGUGCUGGGUUGGGCCCCCAGCAGGCGGCUUUUGACGUCGGGCGGAUUGCUGAGGUGCUGGCGUCCGUGGUGGCCCACCCCGACUUCCAGAGAGUGGACACUAGCACGUUCUCACCGCGGCCGGAGGAGCUCCUGCAACAGCUGGAGGAGGUCAUCGCCGCCACCGUGUCCCUCUAGUGCAUGCUGCCAGGGCCAGCAGGACACAUCCUGAUGGGACCCGCAAGGCACCUGCUCCAGGGCCCUUUCUGGAAAUAAAGCUCUGUCCUCCCAU